AUGAUGGUUGACGUCGAAGGCAAUCCCUUUUGCUAUCUAAAGCCUUUCACGUUUUUAUUACGAGUUUUUGGCAUGUAUCCAUGUUCCAGUAAGCGUAAAACGUACAAGGCUUACGUUAUAAUUUUAAUCAUAGUGACAUUAUAUGCCUUUAUUGCCUCUAUGUUAACUAAGGAAUCGUCGAUGUUUGUGGAAUAUCCAAAGAUCAUGAAGUCUAUCGACGAGAUCUACAAUCUACUACUAUUCGUCUGUUGUACAGUGAGCCAAAUCUACAUGGUGUUCCUGCAUCCUCAAAAAGUCCAAGAAAUCCUACAAGCUAUAUCUACCACUGAGAAUGCGCCUUACAAAAAUAUAUCUCCGAAAUCCUUAUUCUGGAUAGCGUUUUGUGUAAUCAGCAUAGAAGCUAUUGCAGUUCUAACAGCCGAUACUAUUCUUUGGACUGAUAUGGAACGUACAGUACUAUCAGACAGAUAUGAUGCUGUUGUUAGAGAUGUGGUUGUGCAUUGA